AUGGUACGACCAACUUCUGAUGUCAGGAGGCAUUUUCGUCGCGAGAGAUCAUCUAAGCCUGGGAAGAAGGACACGGCGUCCUGCAAAUACUGCAGCGCGUCAUAUGUUUUCCCUAAUGCAACCCGGCUCACCAGGCAUAUUCUUGCAUGCUUGAAGUGUCCCCAGGACAUUCGGGAUCGCGUCCGCGUGCGACGUGAUGACUGUCCCGAUGUUCGCAAGGCUCAAUGCACACCGGAGGUCAGUCCCACUCCCAGCUGUUCUAGUUCUUUGGUGCCAACGCGCAAAAGUGCGAUGACACCAUUUGUCGACCGAAUGAGCCCAACAGACCAGCAGCGUAUUGACGCUGCGCUAGCGAAAGCGCUGUACUCGUCGAACACGCCUUUCGCCGUCGUUGAAAACGAGUACUGGCGGGAGCUUUUUAAUCUAGUGAGGCCGUCUUACCCUCUGCCAUCUCGAUACCUUCUAAGCGGGCCCCUACUUGAUGCAGAGUUUCAGAGGGCAAGAAUCCACGUCGAGGAGCUCCUGAAGAGUGCAUCUUACCUAACGCUACUUACUGACGGGUGGACAAAUAUCAGGGGUGAGUCAAUCGUCAACUUUAUCGUUGCAACACCGGAACCCCAGUUUUACAAAUGUGUUGAUACAGGGAACAACCGUCACACUGCCACAUACAUCAGUAGCGAGAUCCGCGCGGUUAUUGAAUCUCUCGGUUCCAGCAAAGUAGUUGCUGUCGUUACGGAUAAUGCUAGCAACAUGAAGGCUGCGUGUGACCUUGUUACACAGCACUACCCGCACGUGACAGCAAUCGGAUGUGCAGCGCAUGGGUUGAAUCUCCUGAUGAACGAUCUGAUGGGACUCGACACGCUCCGAGAACUGAACAAGCAAGCAAGGGAAGUGAUUGAGUACGUUAAGCGCUCACAUAUUGUGGCUGCGACGUUCAAGCAGAAGCAAGAAUCCAAUGAUGGCGAAGGUAACUCGGUCACACUGAAACUUCCAAGCAAGACAAGGUGGGCAGGCGUGACCCUAUCACUUGAAAGCCUAGCCAGGAACAAGAUGGCUCUAAAGGAAACGGUAAUUAUCGAGGACCUGAAGGUUAAGAAGUCCGUCAGACAGACCGUUCUUGAUGAAAAAGAUUUCUGGAGCCGUGUGAAUUCCGCACUAUCACUUCUGAACACAAUUUCGAGCUGCAUUGCUUCUGCAGAGUCUAACAUGGCUCUUCUUUCUGACGUACCGUGUCUUUUUCAUCGGAUCAGGGAAGACUUCGACUCGAAGCUAGAAUCUUCUCUUCUGACUCGUAGCGAACAGGAGGCAGCUAGUGACAUAAUCAGAAGGCGUAAGAACUUCUGCGUCCAGCCAAUACACUAUGCAGCGAACGUUCUUGACCCUAGGUACGAAGGCAAGAACCUCGAAAAUGAAGAGCCGUCCGCUGCUUUGGACUGGUUGUCGUCGCAAGCUAAGCACUUUCAUCUGGACCGCGGCAUUGUUUUGUCCAACUUCGCAGAGUACCGAGCGCACAGAGGGGGUGUACGCUGUUUUACACCAUUAAAAAUAAGUAAUUGA